UAGCUCUGUUUACCUUUUUCGUUUCCUAUCUGCAUCGAAUUUUUGCAUUUGAUUUGUAUAGUUUGUUUCUUUGCACAACCAAGACCACGUGUGCGUUCCUGGACUAGUAGUAGUACGAAUCGGAGUGAGAGGGUUCUUCUGUUCUGGUCAGGUUACGCUGUAUGCAGCACUGUGAUAAUAACAUGGAAACCUCCAAACUCAGUAACAGUACUCAAAAUAUUCGAUGCCAUCACUGCGCAGGGCCCCUUUCAAACCGCAUGGAAACUAGUCUCUGGAACGUUUCGCCUCUCAUCAGGGAUAGCUUCUCUAUGAUUGGUUCUGCCGUUGGCGGCACGGCGAGUGCAUUUUAUGGAUUCAAUCUUGUGUCCAAUGCAGUUAUGCCAAUUGUCCAGAGAAGAAUAAAAGGACCCAUGUGGUUGCAUUUUUUCAUUGGUGCACCCCCUGUGAUAGUAUUCUCUUCAGCAUGCGCGGGACUGACAGGUGGUGCUAUUCCUGCUGCGGCACAACUUGUUUCCUCCUCUUAUCAUGCAGCAUACUCAUCUCCUACCGUACCUCCGCCAUCAAAGAAUGAAAAUAUUCAAAAGUCAAUAAAAUGAGAUAAUUGCUUUCUUGUAGGACGGGAAUGCAGACGAGUGCAGAAGGGAGUCAGAGUAAUGCGACGUUUCGUUUCGCAAUCGUAAGCAAAGAUUUUCUUGAGAUGUGUUUUGAACUUCACAAAUCAUGUUAUAUUCGUUUCUGCAUUAUACUCACGAAACUAGUGUGUAAUUAAAUUUCGAUUUGUACAUUUGAGUAUAACCUGCACAAUUUCACUUACUGGUGUAUAUUCUUAUUUACAAAUCAUUUGUAAUUCUUAUUUGGUCA